CUGGUGACCGGGACGAGCGCAGACCUCAUCAAUCCAGCUCUUGAAGACCAUCUUGAGUAAAGGCAGUUUCCUCGUUUUUUCCAUCUGGGAUCAUUAAUCAGGACAGAACACGGGGCUUAUCUGAUCUUGUGUGGUUUUUAGAAGCAGGAAAUCCAGGAGCUGGCAGGAGGGGAAUGAACCGUGAGGGCGUCCCCGGAAAGAGUCCGGAGGAGAUGUAUAUUCAGCAGAAAGUGCGAGUCCUACUCAUGCUGAGGAAGAUGGGAUCAAAUCUCACUGCUAGUGAAGAGGAGUUCUUGCGCACAUAUGCGGGUGUAGUGAAUAGCCAACUUAGCCAGCUUCCUCAACACUCAAUUGAUCAGGGUGCUGAGGAUGUUGUGAUGGCAUUUUCCAGAUCAGAGACAGAAGACAGAAGACAGUAACCACAGGAUACCUGAACAACACAGAACUGGAGAGGACAGUGAGAUUCCUGAAGAUAGAGGAGGAUGGCUGAGCAUUAAUAAGUUCCUUUGCCCACCCUAAUUGUUCCUUGGUAUUCCUUCUCCUUUGUAAUUCUGUUUCCCUUUGCCCAGCCCUCAGAAUGCAUCUCACAGCCAUCUAUUCCUGUAAGUGUCUGCUACUCAGCUGGGCUGUGUUAAUUAAGGACAAACCUAAAGGUGUAUUUUUGAUUGGCUCAAAGGGACAGGCUGUGGUUACCUAAAAGAAGAUGGUUUUUCAAACUUGACCAAUGAAAACCUUUUAUCUCAUGUUUUACUUUACAUUUUAAAGAAAGUCUCUUGACAUCCUACUUCUAAAGAAGCUUUUCAUGCUGUGGUGCUUAUUUAGGUCAAACUUGUGAAUUUGAAGAGGGUUUGAUUUGGCUGCAUAGAACUGGAAGCAACUUGUGGUUGGUUGACAAUGCAAAUGUUUUCCCUUCAGUUGGCUUGCAGGUAUUUUGCUGACUUCAACAUUUUCAUUGCAGAAAGCUGAUGUUUUGGUGCAUUGGUUAUUUCUUUAUACUUACUGACUUGGGGGAAAAAAGACAAAUGUGCUUUGCAAUAUUUAUUACAUCUACACAUAUAAAUGCUUGCUUUUGGGGGUUUGUUUUGUUUUUACUUUGAUGGGCUUUGAAAUCAUGGUUUUGAUUUCCUGUUGGCUGCAGUGUUUCCGAUGCAAUCAGUUUUUCCAUACUCGUCUGCUCUGUGGCCUCGAGCUCUUUUGGGAGCAUGUGUCGAAAGCGCAUUUAGUUCAAUAAGUCUACCUGUUGAAGCUGGAACAUGGAGAUCACCAGCCAUUCUGUGCUGCUGUGUGGGCUGUGCCAUGAACUCCUGGCUUCAGGUGGCUUCUCUCUUUGCUUCUGACAGAGGAGCUGUAGAUAUUUUGCAGGAAUUGCAAGAAUGAGAUCUAUGGCUGUGACAUGAAUUUGCCAAAUUUGUAUAGAGAAUAUGUGAACUUGUUUAAAAAUACUACAUAUAGUUCCACUUUAACCCUUUAACUGCUGCACGAGAGUAGCUCUCACAUAAAGUAAAAUUAAUGGUCAUUAGCUUAAAUCCAACUUGCACUGGGCUUUAAUAAACUUAAGUUUUUAGUCACUUGAAAAACUGUAUUGGUUUGGCUCCUUGCAACUGUUCAGUGAUGUGGAAAUCAUCUGGAUCCUAAGGUAAUACCAUUCUCUUUAGGUACUGUUCCAAGAGGCAGUAGCGCUGCAUUAAGCUGUCCAGCGGUGAGUGUACAAGUGACACUCUCAGGUUUACUCUCCUGGUAGUUGCAGGGCCUUAAAACACACACCCAUGCACAUCUACAAACUGAACACCCUGCAGUGGAAUUCCCAAACUGCACUGACUGUUCAGGAGCCGCACAUGAAAUCUCUAGCACUGCUGCCUGAAGCCUAGCACUUCAUUUGCUCUCCUAUGUGCAGGUCGUUUUUACAAUACUUCUGUAUGUUCCUGUUGGUUGCACUGACUUUAAGAUGAUUCAAAACCUAUUAAAGCAGAACUCCUGGUUCCUGUUUC